AUGGAUUCUCUUGUAGAAUUCAAUCUUGGUGGCUGCUCAAAUGUGAAAACGAUUCCAGAAUUUGGGGAGCAGAUGAAGAAUUUAUUCGCGCUCACAUUAGACUACACUGCGAUCGAGAAAAUACCUUCAUCAAUUGGACAUGCGGUUGGCCUUAGGUAUUUUAGUCUACGGAAAUGCAAAAAUCUCUUGUACCUUCCAAGGGCUAUUUGUAAUUUGAAGUCUCUUUACCAUCUCGAUGUGAUUGGAUGCUCAAAGAUUGACAAACUCCCAGAAGACAUGGAUCACUUAUCGUGGCUUAAAGUGGGACCCACUAUGACAAAGCCGUUUGUGGGUAUGAAAAAUCUCGAAGCUCUAAUAUGUACGAGAAAUUAUGACAUGGUUUCGAUGAGUAAUGUUAAAGCCACUUGUGGAUCAGAUGGUACAGCAAGGGAUGGGUGGGGCCUUCGCCACUUAUUUGGACUUGAAAAAAGUCCCCCUGAUCCUCCUCUUUGUUGGCAUUUGGUGUUGUCUUCUCUAAAUCGUUUAUGCUCCUUGACAUUCUUAGAUCUAUGUGAUUGUAAUCUCCAGGAUGGGGAUCUCCCUGAUGAUAUUGGCUGCUUGUCCUUAUUGACAACAUUGUAUCUCAGCAGAAAUAAUUUCGUCAGUCUACCUGAAAGCAUUAGACACCUUUCUAAGCUUGGGGGUCUUCAUCUGGAGGGGUGUAAAAGCCUUCAAAAAUUGCCACCUCUUCCAUCAAACAGAGGAUUAACGGUAAAUCUGGACAAUUGCACUUCCUUACGAAGUUUGUCAGGUACAUUCAAUUUGUAUUUUGCUAGUGUCACUUGCUGGAAUUGCAUUGCAUUGGUUCUAGAUGAAGACUUGAUUAAUAGGUUUCUGAAAUCUGUCAUUCAGGGAUCGAAAAUUGUAAUCCCUGGAAGUGAAAUUCCAAAGUGGUUCAAUAAUCAGAGUGUGGGACAUUCAAUAAAUGUGGAGCUUCCUCCACCAUCAUGUACCAACUGGCUUGGGAUUGCCUUCUGUGUUGUUUUUCAAUACCAAGACCCCUUACAAAAUGUGGAGCUUCCUCAUUAUUGUCGUUUCAGAAUUCACUGUUCUGUGGAACUUGUUAGCCCUGAAAUAUUUGACCCAGAAUACCCUUGGACUACCUUAUUAUUACCGUCUCUUGUGUCAAAAAACCUUUGGUUAUUUUAUUUUCCUCGUCAAUAUUGUUUGCCUCGUGAAGAUUGUCAUCAGGUACAGUUUUUAUUCGGAAUUGACCUUUUUGAUAUUGAUGGGAGAGAACUAAAAGCAAACUUGAAUAUGGUGAAGAAGUGUGGGGCUCGUUUGGUGUACGAGCAAGAUUUGAAAGAACCCAACCAAAAACUACUGAAACGAACAUGCGAAUAUCAUGACGAGGCAGCUCCAAGUGGACUCGGAAGUGCUAGCUUCAACGACACAAAACAAAUUUGCAAAAGGCGUUGUAACUAG